AUGGAGAGUUUUGCCCAGGAGCAUGUCAUUGGAAUUCCUUUGGCCUCGUAUGCAUAUGCCAAUGAGGAAGGAAAACCUUCCUAUUCUGCCUUGAUUCACAAGAAGAACAAGAAGACUUCCUUCAUUUACCGGAUGAACAAGCUGAACCUGAAAACAGAUAGCUACAUGCAAGGGUUCAAACAACACUUAACUCUGGGGCCAAAAAUUUCUGAAACUAUCAAAGGGAAACUGAGCUUCGGUGCAAAGGUUCUACAAGCUGGCAGCAUUGAGAAAAUCUUCAGGCAAUACUUUGUAGUGGAGAAAGAUGAGAGAUUAUUGAAGGCUUUCCAGUGUUAUCUUUCAACCACAGCUGGUCCAAUAGCCGGAAUGCUUUUUAUCUCAAAUGAGAAGAUUGCUUUCCAUAGUGAUAGGCCUCUGAGUUUAGCAUGUCCCAAAGGGGAAAGGACCAGGGUGCCCUACAAGGUGUUGAUCCCCGCAAAAAGAAUAAAGACUGCUUCCGUGAGAGAAAAUUUGUACAAUCCUGAUGAGAAGUAUAUUGAUUUAGUUACUGUUGAUGGAUUUGAUUUUUGGUUUAUGGGUUUUAUUAGCUAUGAGAAAUCAUUCAGAUAUUUUCAGCAUGUAAUUUCAAGGUUUAGAUGA